AUGAAAAAAAGGAAGUUCAUUCGAACCAAGGACGGCAGGCACAGGCAGCCGAGUUGCUGCACAAACUCCCUGUGUGUCCUCGAGGACAAGACCACCAAGUUCAUCAUUCAAAACAGAGUGGAGGCCACAGUCAUCGGGGACACAACUGAAGUGAGGAUCUUUGACACCUACGUGCUUCCCAAGCUGUAUAUGAAACUACUACCUGAGGGGUGCCCUCCACAGCCAGGAACUGUCCUCGAGAGGCCUGGGAGGACCAAACAACUUCACCCCAAUUUAGACCCAAGAAGCUGUCCCAAGACCCCUGCCAAUGCCCAGGGUCUCCAAGGUUUCCUGACACUUGGACAGGACAUUCCAGGUUUGACACCAUAA